ACACAGUUUUAUCCCGAGCUCUGAGCUGGGGGCAGACAGGGCAGCUCACGGAACCAGGAGAUAGCCAGCGCUCGGGGUGGCGGAGGAGGGACCUGCCCCACUGGACCGGGAAUUCACCCCGGCCCCGCCCAGAGACCCCGGCUCCCCGCCCCUCUCCGCCCGAAGCCCCGGGGCGCAGGGCUCGGGAGAUCUCCGCCGCCUGGCUGUCGCAACUGCCACCCCCCCCCACUCUUCCCCUGCCCCUGUCUCCCGCCCCCGCCCCGGCCCCCCUUCCCUCCCACCCCCGCCCCCGGCUCUGAUUUCGUCUCGGGAGUUCUGGAGAAGGCAGAAGCUCUGGCUCGCCCCGUCCCUCCGCCUCUGCCUCUCCCUUCUCUCCCGGGAUGGGGCCGGGAGCUGUAGCCGCUGCCGCCGCCGGGCUGCCCCUGCGCUCCCCUUGAAAUCCCGGGCUCCCCUCGCCCCGGCAGCACCCACUCGCCCUCCAGCUGCCAUCUUUCCCGCCCCUCCCCGAAAGCCAGACCCUAGCCGUCGAGAUGCUACCGCCCGCUCCCACCGGACUCGGACUCGUUCUGCUUCUACUCUGUCCCGCCCACGUCGGCGGGCUCUGGUGGGCUGUGGGCAGCCCCCUGGUCAUGGACCCCACCAGCAUCUGCCGGAAGGCUCGGCGGCUAGCGGGACGGCAGGCAGAGCUGUGUCAAGCUGAGCCCGAGCUGGUGGCGGAACUGGCACGGGGUGCCCGGCUAGGUGUAAGGGAGUGCCAGUUCCAGUUCCGAUUCCGACGCUGGAAUUGUUCCAGCCACAGCAAGGCCUUUGGGCGAAUCCUGCAGCAGGAUAUCCGGGAGACAGCCUUCGUCUUUGCCAUCACAGCAGCUGGGGCCAGCCAUGCAGUGACCCAGGCCUGCUCCAUGGGAGAGCUGCUGCAGUGUGGCUGCCAAGCCCCCCGUGGGCGAGCCCCACCCAAGCCUCCUGGGCUCCCCAGCCUCUCUGGGACUCCGGGUCCUCCAGGCCCUGGGGGUUCCCUAGAUGGCAAUGCAGCCUGGGAGUGGGGGGGCUGUGGGGACGACGUGGACUUCGGGGAUGAGAAGUCCCGGCUCUUCAUGGAUGCUCGGCACAAGCGGGGACGGGGUGAUAUCCGGGCAUUGGUGCAGCUACACAACAACGAGGCUGGACGGCUGGCGGUUCGGAGUCACACUCGCACGGAAUGUAAGUGCCACGGCCUCUCAGGCUCCUGCGCCUUGCGCACCUGCUGGCAGAAGCUGCCCCCGUUUCGGGAGGUGGGAGCCCGGCUGUUGGAGCGCUUCCACGGCGCCUCCAGGGUCAUGGGGACCAACGACGGCAAGGCCUUACUGCCGGCUGGCCACACCCUUAAGCCUCCAGACCGCGCUGACCUACUCUACGCCGCGGACUCGCCAGAUUUCUGCUCGGCCAACCGGCGGACGGGCUCACCGGGCACGCGAGGCCGCGCCUGCAACAGCAGCGCCCUGGACCUGAGCGGCUGCGACCUGCUGUGCUGCGGCCGGGGACACCGACAAGAGAGCGUGCAGCUUGAGGAGAACUGUUUCUGCCGCUUCCACUGGUGCUGCGUGGUGCAGUGCCACCGCUGUCGCGUGCGCAAGGAACUCAGCCUCUGCCUGUGACUCGGACGUGCCCUUGCCUCGCGCCCCUGGCCCGCAGAGGCUUGAGCCUGUGUCUCAGGGCCGCUAGCGACAGCCGGCUAGACCCUGGCGGAGAACGUGGCCUCCAGCUGGCCCCAGCUUCGGGAGUAUUUAUCCUCUAACCGAGAGCUUGGGCAAGGGACGCCUGUGUUCUCGAAUCCUCGUGGCCCAUCGAUCGAGGAGUAGAGACCAAUGCAUGCAGGGAAAGGGACUAUCGAGAGACAACGAGCCACCUGGGGACCCAAGAUGGUGGGUGAUGCUCUGGAUGGCAUUCCCUGCCCCAAUUCGAAUUGGCUCUUCCACCAACAUCUCCGGAUAAAGAUGGAAAGUGGAAUGGGGAUCAGGGUAAUCUUCCAGCACUGCCUGGGGAAUGGGAGGAAUGGAGAAAGCAAGAGGAAUGGCACUGGACAAUCGAUGGGAGGACCCUAACGACAGGGGCUGGGGAGGGUGCCAAGAGGUGUCAAGGGGGGUGAUUUUGAUACUAAUAAAGUUAUUUAAAGCAAAUA